UUUUUGAUCGAUGGGCUAUGCUUUAAGAAUCACAGGAUAACAGAACUCAUGAGAGAAGUUCACGAAUUGUUCGACGACUCGGCAUGCGUUUAUGAAAUCACGCCCUGGCAUUUCUAUAGAUCUAGCCUUCCAUUCAUUCCAUCGUCGUCACUCAUUUUCGAAUGGUAUCGCCAUCUCUCGGAUCCCAUUCAUGUCUUCAGCAUCUCCGGCGACUUUGCUGGUCGCUUGAUCCCCCUAAGUGACGAUGCACUUCAGGCUCAAGAAGUCAUGAGGGCGAAGCAGAGAGAAUUACCAACCUCUCUUGAUGAACAGGGCAGAAAGACAUUAGUGAUCAAUUAUAAGGAUGAGUUCCUUGACAACGACGUUCGUAAUGGCACUGUGACUUGUGCAGCACUCUCGAGAGAUGGUCGUCACAUUGCACUCGGAUUCGGAAGUGGCGUAAUCGAGGUAGCUGACAUUGACGAUCAGUGCACGGUCUCUAGAUUUCGAGGCGAUCCUCACAGUCUUCCCGCUUGGAUUGAAUUCGUCCAAGGUCGCACCGUUCGCAUUGCCACCGAGGACACUGAUGGAAACAUCUCGAUUCUCGGCCAUAGCACGCGUUUGGUGAACCUCGGCCCUCUCCCCAGCGACCCAUACCCUGCUGUGACUGCAGUGUCGGACAAUGGCUCUUUCGUCUUACGAGUCCCGCGAAAUCCAGAAAAGGGCUGGUACGAGAACACUACAGUCUUGUGUGUUUCAGGCGAUCCAUCCGUUAAGCCUCUAGCAUCUCCGUUCACUCCUUCCGGUCCUUCUACUGUUCAGCCUCUUCAACCUCGUUGCAGGUCGUCCUUUCCUUUGCGCCACAUGAUUGGAUUCUCUCCUACAGGUCGAUAUGUCGGCGCUUACGAUAAAAAUGACGCUUUUGUUUGGUCAACAGACUCAUGUCAAUUGGUAUCUCGAUUUUGCGUCCACGAUCUCAACAAUUGGAUUAUCAACACCGGUGUUGUACCUCCUUGCUCAUAUGCCACCCCCAAACCUACUAUGUUCUUUGGACCUACCAUUCCUUUGAUCCUGGACGAGGGUGUAGAAAGUCCUGAGUCAAUGCCCAUGCAUGACUCGGAUGAGUCCUGGCUAACGUGUCCUUUUUACGACCUCUCGCUGAGCAUGGCGGACAGUAACUUGCCCAUCGAAGUCCGGUCUUUUGCAGCAGGAAGAGUGCCAUUGAUUCCUUUCACCCGUUUUCUUUUACCAGCAAUUUGGUUCAAUGGGAGAGUCGAACUCUUCGCCCCAUUCCAGUACGAACCGAUUGGAUACAACGUGAAUCUCGUUCGCAACGGGGAAGCCUGGUAUGGUGAUCGACUGAUAUACAGCGAUGAGCAUGAGCAUGAGCAUGAUCAUAGGGAUGACAGGUUUCGUCGCGCUCAGGGCGGCAGCAUAUUCUCCCUUCCUCAGGCUAGUAGGAACGGGACUCGAUUUCUGAUCCAGGGCCGGAUGAAAGCCCCCCUCGUCGUCGACAUCAGCCAAGUUAUUUAGUGUCUGAAUCCACAUGGGGUCAUCUCUUGCGUUGCAUUCCGACUUUCCAUCCCUUCUGUAGGCCCCGGUGGCUCUGCCACCACCUUACUCAAUUUCAGCUGGAAUGUUCAGACACCGAGUUUGGUGCGCAGAAUCCCCCUUCUUUUACAUCCAAUGUAUGUUCAGUGGUGUAAUAGCACUAUGCAGUACUGUGCAAAUUAUUAUUCUAAUAACGAUACUAUA